AUGAGGGCAAGGUGUGGGCAUGGACCGUGGAAGGAGAUCGAGACCAUCCAAGUCCCUCGAAGCCCUCUGAGCUAUUUCCCAGAAGAUCUGGAAGAACGGACUGCGCACGAGAAUGAAUUUGCACAGAAAGUGAGAAACCUGUCCAUGAACAGAGCCUCUGGCUUCCACGGCUCCGUUGAACCACGAGCACGCACCACGCGGAGCCAAACCCCGCCAGGGCCUCUACCGCGCCCACAAGCGCAAACUCCCUCACGGCGCCCCGGGGGCGGGGCCAUCAUUACCGGGCCCCACCCCCGAGCGCGGCCGGGGCGCGUGCGCGGCGCAGGCGCAGGCGCGGGAGCGGCGCGCUCAGAGACCGGCCUGGCUGGGCCUGGCCGGGCCGGGCACGGCACUGCCGCCCUGCAGGGCAGCCCCGCCGCCGCUCCCACCUCCUCCGCUUCUUCCUCCUCCUCGUCGCCGCCGCAGCAGCAGCUGACGCUGUUUGUCAUGCAGCCGGUCGGCGAGGAGGAGGGGGCGGGGGGGGUGGUGCUGCAGCCGAGUGCCGACCAGCAGCUGCCGCCCUCCGCUAGCGGCGGCCUGAUGGUGUUCUACGAGCUGGGGACCUCCGGCGAGGUCGAGGUGGUGGAGGAGGAGGCCGAGGCGGCGGGCGGCGAGAGCACGGCCAGCCUGGAGGAGCUGGAGGAGGAGGAGGCGGCGGCGCCGGGGACUGCGAGCGGCGAAGCGGCGGCGGCAGGCGGCGAGUGCAAGAGCUGCACGUACGAGGGCUGCAGCGAGACCACCACGCAGGUGGUGAAGCAGCGCAAGCCCUGGAUGUGCAAGCGGCACCGCAACAAGAUCUACAAGGACAAGUACAAGCGCAAGAAGAGCGACCAGGCCCUGGGGGGCGGCGGAGCGGCGGCCGCGGGGGGCGGCCCGCGGGCCGAGGAUAGUGUUGAAGGUUCAGUGUCUGUUGCAAAGCAGAGAACGGGAUCCAUUGGAGAUCGCCCAGCAAGACCUACUCUUUUAGAACAAGUAUUGAAUAAAAAGAGGCUGUCCCUACUCAGAAGCCCAGAAGUAGUGCAGUUUCUACAGAAACAGCAGCAACUGUUAAGUCAACAAGCCUUGGAGCAAAGGCAGCAACAGUUUCAAGGAGCACCUGGGUAAUGAGGAAAGAUCAAUGAUCUGCAGAAGAUGGUGCUGAAGGAGGGACAGGAUCUAUAUUUUGUAUAAAUGCAAAGAAUUUCAAUGUUUAAGCAAAAAUUGAAAUUGCUGUUGUUACGUUUUUGUUUGUUGUUUGCACUUUAGAGGUUUUGAGCUGAUUGGGUGUCUGCAAACUUGUGAACAAAUCAUAGAAUGGCCUGGGUUGUGUUAUGGAAGCUUCCCAGUCUAACCAUUCAUGAGACUCUCUGACAGUCACUCUUCCAGUGCCAGAGACUAAGUUUGGGACCAAAGCUCCUUCACUGCAGGUAGCUCCAGUGAUCUGGCAGGUGCCCCAUUUGACUCCCUGCACACCUGGCUCACAGUCAGACCUGGUUUCCUUACUGGUUUGACCCCAGUCUCAGACACCUUGUUCCAUAAAGCAAUUUAUUAAUAGUGUAAUAACACAGAAACAGCCCAGGCUGGUGCCUCCGAGGAGGUAUCUCAGAUAAAGGAGCUCCUGGGCUUUUAUACCAUCACAAUCUAAGGCAAGCCUUGCUCUUCUUCCCGAGUCUUCUCUUCUGAGUCUUCCAUCCCUGCCGUGUCCCUGCAUCCGUUCACCUGGCUAGCCACUCAACUCCAUGCCUUUUGUUAUGCAGAGAGUUGGCAGUUCACUGCCUCCCAUCUUGGAUCCCACCCAGAGCUCAGUUUACAUCUCAGUCUGCAACUUCCAGAUCAGCUACCUGCACCAGAUGUAUUCCUCAACGGUUGGAAGGGACCUUGAAAGAUGAUCAAGUUCCAGCUCCUCUGCUGUGAACAGGAACACCUUUCAUAAGCCCAGGUUGCUCAGAGCUCUCUCCACCCUGGCCUUGAACAUUUCCCAGGGAGGAGGUAUACAUACCCAGCUUUUCUGAGCAACCUGUUUCAAUGCCUGACUACCCUCAAGGGAAAUAACUUUUUCCUAAUAUCUAAUCUGAAUCUACUCUCCUUCAAUGUGAACCCCUUCCCCCUUAUCCUAUCCCUACAUGCCCUUGUAAAAAGUCCCUCUCUCAUCUUUGCUGUAGGCUCCCUUCAGGUAAUGCAAGGCUGCAAUUAAGUUACCAUGCAGCUAUCUCUUUUUCCAGGCUGAAUACCCCCAAUUCUUCCAGCUUUUCCUCAUAGGAGAGGUCUUCUAUCCCUGUAAUCAAUUUGUCUCUGGAUCUCCCGAUUUGCUGUAACAGGUGGAUGUCCUUCCUAUGUUGUGGAUUCCAGAGCUGGAUACAGUCCACCAGAUGGGGUUUUCACCAGAGGAGAGCAGAGGGGCUGUGAUGGGUUGACUUUGGACAUACAGAUUUUCAUCAACUGCUAUCCCAUGUCCUUCCACAGAUAGGUAUUAUUUUCCUAUCUCAAGAGCGUUCUCCACCCCUCCAGAUGUCCAAAAUCAGGCCACGACUUAGGCUAGGUUCAAUCAAGAUGAGUGCUCAGGACAGGAGAAGCAGUACGCUUAAUCAUUGGGCACCAACUUUGGCCCUGUGCCUCCCACUCUCCUUACUCCUCACAAAAUUCAUGCUUCAUCAGUUAAUGUCAUUUUUGCUGCUUUACUUUCACAAUACAGCUUUCACCACAAAUUAAUAUUCUCCCCAAGGUUAAAUCUCCGUGGAGCACGCACUGGGUCUCCCCAUCCUUUUGCAUUACCCACCCAGGUAUUUGAACAAAGACAAUCCCAUAAAUGGGUUUACCUUCUCCUAUAGGGAGAGAAAUCCACCCUGAUUUUCCCAGCCACUUGCAAUGUAUAGUACCUAAUCUUCCCCAGUGAGUAGGGUUUUUGUGUGGGCAGGACCAGGGAGCUUCACAGAUCCCCUAGUGUUAACAAGCCAAGUGGCUUCUAUUAAAUUUACAUCCCAAUCCUUCCAUGCCCCAUUACAUAACACAAACACAGUCUUCAGCAGUCUGUUAUACCACACAAUCUUUUGAGAGGCUUAUGGGUGACAAGGGCUGUCAUGUCCACUCAAUGCCAUGUUUUCUUGCCCAGGAGUUUAUUAGGUUGUAUUGAAAAUUAGUCUCACUGUCUGAUUCGAUUCUCUCUGGAGUACCACGUUGUCACAAAAUGCGUCUCUCACAACCUGAGAUGGUGUCUUGAGCAAUGGUAAUGGUUGACAGGGUAUGUUGCCAGCCAUCACUACCGUGGUGAGUAUGUAGCUCUUUACCAUAAAACAUAUGGCAGCGGUCCAGUCUGCCAGGCCUUACCCUACUGGAAACUCAGCCACUCCCCUCUAUUCCAGGGGAAGUUUACUUCAAUGGCUUGAUUGAUUGCAGCAUGAAUGAUCUCAGCUAUGGCUUCCAUGGCCAGGUCCCCCCUCAACGAGCCCCUCUGUGGCAGCUGAUGUUUCAUGGCCUCAUCAGGUUACAAAUAGCUCACACUUCUGCUCCCAGUCUGAGCAUACCUAAGUUAAUUCAGUUUUGGCAACUUUAUCUACUUGUUCAUUGUUUUGAUGUUCUUCAGUGAUGUGGUUUUUGGGGACACGAGCAUCUACCUGAUGUACCUUUCCAGUCAUGUUUUCCACCUGUGUGCUGAUGUCCUGCUCAAGUGCAGGUACAGUCUAGCCCAGAUUGGUUUAUCCCUGCAUUGCCAAUUGGUCUUCUUUCAUUUUUGCAGCCACCUCCACAGGACAUGAGCCACCAUCCAGGAGUCAGAAUAGAGACAGGUCACUUUUCUCGUUCAGCAGUCUCUAAGGCCAGUUUGGAUGGCUUUCGCCUCUUCAAACUGGCUUGACUCGCUUUCUCCUUCAGCAGCCUCAAUGACUUGUGCACCUCUGAUGGUUUCCUGCCACACAGCAGGAUCCAUCACUAAACAGUGCAUAGCCUCUUUCAUCUUCUGGUAACUUGUUACGUGGGGGUGCUUCUUGUGCACAAGUCUUUCUCUGGCAAUGCUCUAAAAUCUUUGCCUUCUGGCCAGUCUAUGAUUUUUUCGGGAAUUCCCAACUGAGCUCAUGUAAUCAGUACUGUGCUGUUUCUCCAUGUAACACUGGCUGUAUGAUCUCUUAAGGGGCUGUUUCCUUUGAAAUCUGGAGAAGUCUUUUCUAAUUGUGUCUAAACCUUCAUUUUAAUAUUUCAUUUGUUAAUAAAAAUUUGUUUAUGGUAGGAGUGUUCAGCUGUAUACCCUUUUCCCACCAAAGUUAUGAUAAAUUAACAUUUUUCUAUAUAAACAUUUACAGUUAAACAAGUCAGUCUUUGAUGACAAUCAUUGAUAGAAGUCAGUUACUUUCUGUGGACAUUGUGAAACAAAGUUCUGAAGUUGAGGCAGUCCAGUGGCAUUAUCUACCAGCAAUUGCUCAGGGAAACAAGAAAUUUAUGUCCUGUAGAAUCUUGCACUAAAGGCAAAGACAACCUGACAUCAAGAAGUCAAUCCAGCAGUUCAGAAAUGUACAAGUAGGUGAUCUGUUCAUUACCUGCAAGUCGAGUAGGUUUGAAAUGCUUCAUUAUGCACCGAUGAAAAAAAAAUUUGCAUUUAAAAUUUCUUAAAGUGAUAAAUGGCAAAAAGCUUUAAAAAGUAUUAGGUGAAAAGUAUGAAGCUGGGAGUUGGACCUUGUUACAUGGAGUUAUUUGAAAUUGCUAACUUCUUAUAUGUGAAAUAUAACUUAAUUACAGAUGAGAAUGCAACUAAUCUUUAGGUGAUUAAAUUAAAUUUUAAACUUUUAACUCAUAAUAGUAAUUCAAAAUCUAGUCUUUUUCUUCUCAAAAAGGUAUAGUUAAAGUUAUUUUAUUAAGACCAGAGAUCUCUAAUCAGCUGCAGUGAUAGACGUCACAGGUUUUCAGCCAAUUAAAAUGAAUUUGCAAUUGAUUGGGCUAAGAAUCCAAACACUAUAUUAUAUAAGUGUUAAAUCCCAUGCUUUAUUUCUAAAAAUAGUUUUGUAUUAAGCCACUUUACUGAAUAGAGGUUAUCCAAAUGGGUUAGAUGCUUAUUUUCAAGUACUACUUCUAUACUGCAGCAAUUUGAGCCACUAAAUAAUAUCUCUUCACCAGUAUUUGUUAGUCUUACGGGUUUUUAAAAGCUCUGCAUUUUGUAUGUACAAAACUUGUUCUGUAAGGAUUUAUUGUAUUGUAUUGACAUUGUGCAACUUGUUCUUUAAAAAGGAACUUGAAAAACUUUGUAUAAACAGUUCUGGACCAAUAAGCAAGUAAAAUA